UCUCUCUGGCUAUGUUUAUCAAUUUAUUUCCCGACUAAUUGUACAAUGAAUCAAUCCUAAAGUCAGACCUGGCUCCCCACUUUGACUACCAACCAUUUGGCCUACGAAAUCAAGUACCGGGACCCGGACCCGGCCUCGGCUUCGGCUUGGUCCAUUACGCAUGCAUAUUUAAUGAUCACCACCUGUUUGUUUAUAUGCUCCUCUGAACAUAUAAGCAAACUCAGGCAACAUAACCGAGAAGAAAGAGACAGAGAGGAUGGCAGAGGAGGAGGCGGUGGAAGUUUCACUGGAAGAAACACCGACAUGGGCUUUUGCAACUGUUUGUUUUGUGUUGAUACUAAUUUCCAUUCUAAUUGAGCAUUUGCUUCAUCUCCUAGGGAAGUACUUCCACAAGAAAAGGAGGAAAUCCCUCAUUCAGGCUCUUGACAAGAUCAAAUCAGAGUUGAUGCUGCUGGGUUUCAUCUCGUUGCUGUUAACUGUAUGCGAAAAACACAUUGCAAACAUAUGUAUUCCAAAGAGUGCAGCUGAAACGUUUCUUCCCUGCGAAAGCUGGUCAAGCGAUGCUGAGGAGAGUACCAGAUGUCAAGAGCAGGGAAAGGUUUCUUUGUUGUCCAGAGAAGGAGUUAGGGAACUCCAGUACCUCAUCUUUGUGUUGGCUUCCUACCACUGUUUGUCAUGCAUUCUUACAUUCAGCUUAGGAAUGGCUAAGAUGAGGAGGUGGGAGUCUUGGGAGGAAGAGACAAGAACAUUUGAAUAUCAAUUUUCAAAUGAUCCAAGGAGGUUCCAGUUGACCCACCAAACACCAUUUGGAAGACGACAUCUAAGAUUUUGGACUGAACACCCAUUUCUACGUUGGCCGGCAUGUUUUCUUAGACAAUUUUUCAAUUCGGUGUCCAAAGUGGACUAUUUAACUCUGAGACAUGGAUUCAUCAUGGCUCAUUUUGCAGAAGGAAGCAACUUUGACUUUCAAAAAUACAUCAAAAGAGCUUUAGAAAAAGAUUUUGGGGUAGUGGUGGGAAUAAGUUUCUGGGUUUGGGUCUUCUCUAUGUUUUUCAUAUUCUUUAGUGCUCAUGACUUUUACAAUUACUAUUGGCUUCCAUUUUUUCCACUAUUGAUGUUAUUGCUGGUGGGAACAAAACUACAAAACAUCAUAACCAAGAUGUUCAUAGAAAGCCAUGACGAAUCUCAUGUUGUUAGAGGAGCAUUUCUUGUCAGGCCUAGUGACCAUUUCUUCUGGUUUGGCCGGCCUAAAUUGCUUCUCCACCUUAUCCACUUCAUACUGUUCCAGAACUCAUUCCAACUAGCCUUCUUUACAUGGACUUGGUACAAGUUUGGUUUUAGAUCAUGCUUCCAUAAAACAACUGAGGAUAUUGUCAUAAGACUUGCCAUGGGAGGGUUAGUGCAAGUUCUGUGUUGCUAUGUAACACUUCCUCUAUAUGCCUUGGUAACCCAGAUGGGUACAUCGAUGAACAAUGCUGUCUUCUCAGAAAAUGUGACAAAAAGCCUCAAGAUAUGGCACGCCAAGGCCAGGAAAAACGUAGCGCUCAAGAACAAUUACCCAUCACCACGCCUCUCCCUCGAUGCUUCACUUGAUACUUCACUUUCCCUGGACACCUCAACUUCUGUUAGCAUCGACGCGUCACCUUCUUUCAGUCUUGAUGUUUCAUAUUCUGUGAAAUUUGAUAGGCCGAUCGAAGAUGAGGCUGUUGUGGCUAUUGAAACAGCAGAACAAGGGAGAGGUCAUGAGAGACCAGGAGAGGAGCAUCAAAAGGUUAAUUCAUUCGAGGGAUUCGAUACCAAGAACACGACGUAAAUUUCUCAGUAGAGAAUACAUUAAGAUGCCCACAUUGUUUUUGUUUGUAGAUAAUGUGGGCUGUUUGAUCUUAUGUACAGCUGCUACAAUAUUAGUUACUAUAAUUAUUUUGUAUAUAUCAAUUCCAUAAUAGGAAUGAAUGGAGAAAAUAAUACGCGUGGUGGAUGUGGAUUUCCACUGAUGUGUUUCAUAAACUCAUGUUAGCAGACAUUUUGGUGCUUA